AUGGAUAGUGAAAAUUGCAUGAGUGACGACGUAUUUACAGACUCCAAUUUUUUGGUAAGAAUGGAAUGCAAACAAAUUAUGGAUGAAGAUUAUAAUAAUUUUUUGAUAAAAAAGAGUCAAAAAAGUCUUUCAAAAUCGAAAAAAAGUACACACACUUCUAAGAGAACUCGUACUAAUUCAUACAGUUCAUUAGAACCUAAAUGGAAACGCAUACGACAUUCUGAUUCAUUUAAUAAUGAAAAAAACGUGGAUGAAAUGAUCAGUGAACCUGAACAAGAAUUAUCAGGAGUGAAUUUUCGGACCAGUCACGUUUAUUAUCUUCGAAAACUCAGGAGUACUGAGAGGCAGAAUUCAAUUACAUCAGAUAUUAGAUACCUUCCACGUACAAGAUCUUUAACAGUUAAUCCGAGAAUCUCAGAAUAUGAAAAUAUUGGCAAACUUGCAUGUCGAUAUUGUGAUAAAAUAUUUGAUAGUAUAAACAUUUUAAAUAGUCAUGAGUUUUCGCAUAUGAAAAAUACAGUUUUCGAAUGUGUUGAGUGUGAUAAAAUAUUCACAGAAGAGUCCAAACUAGACAUUCAUAAAUUAUGGCACAGAACUAAUAAAAAAAGUUAUAAAAAGUACAAAAAAACAAAAUACAUGUGA